GUUGUCCCUAACAACUUAUCAACAGCUGAACAUAUUGUCAAAAUGAAAAUAAAAUCAGCAUUAAGGCCCCAAGUGUUCCCCAAAAUAUUUUUUGUCUAAAAUAAUCGUGUGAUCAAUGGCUUCGAAUAAGAGGGCCGGUUUAACAACGACUGAUUUUGAAGUAUUUGGCAAAGUGCAGGGUGUUUAUUUUCGGAAACACACUCAAAGGAAAGCUACCGAACUCGGCCUCAAAGGAUGGGUGAUGAAUACAGCACAAGGCACUGUUAUUGGGCAACUGCAAGGCCCGCUGGGUGCGAUCGAAGACAUGAAGCUAUGGCUGCAAAAAGUUGGAAGCCCCAAGUCGAAAAUCGAAAAAGCAGCCUUUAGAAACGAGGGACCGAUCAACAGUUGCGCCUUUAGAACCUUCGAAAUUCGACGAUAAAAAUUUAGACGUAAAUUUUUUAUAUUUCUAUUAACCUAUAAAAUUAAUGAUUCUGUA